AUGCACGUCAAUCACACUUCGCGGCGACCUGUUCGAUUUCAGCCUGUGUCUCCGAGUCGAUCUGCGCAAACGUGCAUCGAAAACAACUCGACCAAUAAUAAAACCCCCUAUAAAAAGAACUUCGAAGCCAACUUCCACCAAUCUCGACUCGCAAAUCUUGGGAGUCGCAAAGGAGCACUUGUUACACAAAGUGCAGCCUUGUCUUACCCCACAGACCAGCUGGAAUUGAAACAGCAAUCAUGCAAAGAAGGCUCAAUCGAACUCUCACCACCCCCAUCAUCGCACGGCUUCGAAAGAAAAAGAAAACAUAUGCGAGCGAGUGCCCGGCACGGACACCUCAGCAAUCAGCAACAUCCUUUACCCCCGAAACGAUUUGUAAUUAUGAGCUUUUCCUUGCUGUCUUUUCUUAUCUUUUCUUGUUUUGCCCCCUAUUAUUAA